UUUGAAAAUGAGAUUGGCUGCUGGAUGGACGGAUCGAAUGAACAUGAAUUUCCCGACAAGGAACAAUUUCCGAAUCACGAUUUUCAAGCCCUAGGGCCCUGUUUGGUCGGUGUAUCACUAUUAAAGGUGCGUUGCUAGCUUCCGAAGAUAGAGGAAUUUUUCCCGCACUAAGGAAGAACACAGGAAGAUUUGAGUGUGAGUGCUAAUGUUUUUGCUUUGAAAAGACGGCCUCAUCGGGGCUUUCAAAGCAGCGAUCCAAGAUGGUUUCAACUUUUUUCCGAUCCUUUUUUUUUGUGGUUGGAUGUGUUUGCACAAGUUCAAAAAUUAGGUUCAGGAGUUUCGCACUGGUUUUCUCUCCUUUUGCCUUUUCGCUCCGAGUACGAUUUUCGAUCAUCAAAUCAUGCAGUGGCUUCAUCUCUUGACCACAGCAAUUCUUGCUCGUGGUGCGGAAAUCAUUCUUGAGCAGCCGGGUGUUGCGGAAUGCAGUCUACUUCGGGAGAACCUGCGCCUUUCCUAUGCGAGCCGCGCUUUUGCUGGAAUUUCUCCGACGUCCAAUGCUGCAAGUAGCGAAGGGUCUACGAGCAUCGGCAGCUGUUUCAGUAGGGGCGAGAGCAGCUCAGGAGCGACAGCGUCAAGUGGCGAUUUUUGGCGGGAGACUCCUAAUGGAAAUGGACCGCUGUGUAUGGAAACGGACGAGGGGGAGGAAGCAAUGCAGUCACCGCAGUCGCAACCAUCACAGGUUUCGUUCCUCCUGCGUCGACAAAUUGCGGACCAAAUUGCGGAAGUGACGCGCACGAAGAUCGGUCUCGCAAGACACAUUCUUGAUAUCCAGGAGGACCCGCUACGUGCUCUGUUCGGACGGCACAAUGCGCAGGAACUGAGCAGAUUGAUGGAAGAAGAGGAUGAGCGCAGAGCCUCGUGGGACCAAAUUAUGUGCAGGAACUGCGGCCAAGGACUGCACACGAUUUUUCGCCCGAAAUAUGGGUCGCGUAGUCGCUCCACUAUGACCGGAGCCAAGAUGAAGGGGAUGAUCCGGUGGAUAGGAUUCCCGUCCGCGGGGCAUGAUCCCGAGUACCACAGACGCGUUUUCCAGGCACUGCACGAACUGGAAAACGAUAUUGGCAAGGACGAGAACCAACUGAUGCCUUUGCUGGAUGGGAUUCCGGCGGUGCUGGGAUCCACCUUCUCGCCGGAAACCGAGGAGGAGCGGAGAGAGGCCAACGAGAUGUUUCCAGUCAGAAUCCCGCGCAUGCAACGCCGCGCGCUCGAUUUCAUCAGCCGAUUGCAGCGGGUGCAAAAGGCUCUCGGCGAGGAAAACUGGGAGGUCGAGCUGCCAAUCCACUUCAGCCUGUCCGAAUUGUCGCAGUCAGCUGAGGCGCGGGGCGCGACACCGGAUAAGACGUUUUUCACGUACCUGGACGAGCGGGCCUUGGUGGAGGUCGGACGGCACAUGCGAACGUGGUCGGAAAUCUUGUUCCCGCAAAAUAAUAACGACACCGCUACAGCGUCUCCUACUCCUCUCGCCGGACGCGGCUGGCUCGAGCGACGCGUACAUGUGAUCAGGCCACGGUUUUCGCACGCGAAGAUGCUGCACUUGUUCAUAGAGGUGUUGCGCAGCGACACCUCUAUGCAGCCACUGCAAUACCUGUACGAGUUCGAAUUCGCUUCGCGGUCCUGGGACUUUCGCAGUCUAAAGCUGCGCAUGUUCUACGAUCUGACACUGAAUUACCGAGUGAUUCAGAAAGGCUACUAUUCCAGAUACAGUGAUCGGCCGCAAGACCGCGGCACAAGGGAGUGCGCAACUGUCUGGAUUGGUACCGCUUUGGGUGGCCAUUGGUAGUGUCAUUCUGCAAAUAACGUUGUGAGAAAUGAUAUUUUUUGCGCUGUCACGCAUUAUUUAGUUAGAUCACCAUCUACUGGAU